AUGAAGCUCGAUGCCAGGAACACGCGAUGCGUCACCAACUUUAUCGUCUUGUCUCCUCUCGGCAGCGACAACAUGGCCUCCAGCAACCUCCGAUUCCGCCCAGCAACUGUUGAAGACGCGGGGCAAAUUCAGCAACUUGUCGAGUCCGCGUUUCGCGCGGUGGAUAGCAGGCCGGAUUGGACUGGAAUUGCGGAACUCGCGUCGACCUUUCGAAUCAGUGUUGAAGAGGUGAUGCCCAGGAUUGUGAACCCCGACAAUGCGGUUCUCAUGGCCUUGGAUGACACCGAUACCCUAGUCGCGUCCAUCGAGGUCGCUAAGCGCGGCAUUGACUGUGGUCGCAUUUCCAUGAUUGCAGUCAACGAACGUUAUCAACAAGGCGGUGUUGGACGCUCGGUCCUUGCUUAUGCCGAAGCUUAUUGUCGACAGACCUGGAACGUGGAAAAGUUCUCGCUCAACGCCCUUUCGACGCGCAAGACACUGAUUGAGUGGUAUAUGCGCCAGGGAUAUCAGAAGACGGGAGAAACGAUGCCGUUUCCACGAGAAAGGUUCGCCAGCGUGGCCUUGCCUGAUGACAUUUGCUUUAUCGAGAUGGAGAAGGGUUUCAGCAGCACUGGUGAGAAGGGACAAUCGGUCUAG